AUGUCAGAAACAUCACUCCCUCCAGAUACCAACCAAACUACGCCCAUUCCGGUUGUGACAACAGCUAAAAGUUCAAACAUACGUCGGUUUCCUGUGCAGCCUGUAGAGACCACUAUACGUAGAAGCAAUAAGGCAAAGGAAAAGCUCACGAUCGAGAAAAGUGUAGAAUAUGAGAGCAAGAAUUACACGCCAACCUCGUUCCCUAAACGUCAGCUUCCUGAGCCUGUGGAGACAUCUUCACGCAGCAGUCGAACAAAGAAAACUGCGGAUACUAGUAGCCCUACCUCACUUGAAAUUACGUCAAAAGAAGCAAAACCACAUCGAAGGUUUGUCCCUGAGUUAAUUGAAACAUCGAGACGCACCAAGAAAGCGGGAGACACUGGACCAGCAACCCUGCCCACUGAUAAGACCGAUCUUUCACCAGGUGUCCCGAAUAUUUAUACUUCCUCUUGUACAAGGCAGAGAAAACCCUCCGCCAACUACGCAAAUCGAUGGAAGGCAUCCGAUAGAGGUAAUCUAAACACUCAUCUGCUACCAUUUAUGCCCCGCCGUCAGGGCUCUACUAGGCCUCACUGCAACACGAGAAUACCAUCCCGGCAAAGCUCGUUCACUUCUUCGCUUGAGCCUAUUUCUUCCUCUGAAUCGAAUUCCGGGUCACCUACCUCUCCAUCAAAAACUUUCUCAGUUUCCGACUCGAUUGGCUCGACAGAGAAUUACAAUCAACGCCUUCAACUAGCACGUACCCGUGAAAGCUGUGACGAAAGAUUUUCUGGGUAUCUUCUCUCUCUUGCUGCUAAAGCUGCCGAGAAACAGCUAAGAGAACAAGUCUUACUAGCGGCAUUUCCUAAUGAAGCUAAGCAUGAGAUAGUGGAACAUUUCUAUGAUCGUGAAGUUGACGGAGCAUCCGAUAAUGAUUCUGUUGGAGAUGUUACAAUCAUUCAUAUCGAUCAGGUUUUUGGUGAAAAGAUCAAGGGAAAUUAUAAUAGAAAAUAUUUACCACUGGCGAGAAGAAAAAGUUCCGAGUCUGAUUGGGCUAUAAGAGAAAUGCAGCUACAUCAAGAAAAGUUUUCUCAUUCACGUGGAAGAAUGCCCAGUAGAGGUACUGAAAUUGAUGCUCCAAAUAAUUUAUACAACGACAUGCUUCGAAUAGAUGGGAAUAAUUUCAAUGCUGUUGAGAGAGAGAUUGUUGCGAAAAGAGAACUAGAAAAAAUGCGGAUUGCUGCGAGUCCACCGAUGCUUGGCGCUGAUCUUAAAUUCCGAAGGUGCCCAAGUCCGAAGCCAACAAAAUUCGAAAGCGAUCAGAAAGCAAACCUGCAGUUAAAUCGUAGUGAAAAUGGAGGUGGGCUAUGGGGAGGAUAUUGUAUCUCUGAAGAACCAGGCGAGUUCUUGUCACCAAGCUUACAGGGACCAGAAUUGAUCCAGACGCCGAUGAUAGGUGAGAGUUUUGGUGAUCCCUUCUCAAAAUUAUUCGCCAAAGAAUUGCAUCAAAGUAAAGAUGAAAUUUCAAGUCCAUGGUGUGGCUUAAAACAUACUAUUGAAUUUAAUGAUCACCUCCAUGAUGAAGUUCCAAAAAAUACUGAUAGUAAUAUCAACCUUGAUGAAUUCGAUGAUUAUUUUGUCACACAGGUAUAUAACUAUCUCUCCCUUGGUUAUCCCUCCCUUGCUUGGCAAUUUGACGAUGAGCUCUCUCGAAUUUCUAAAAUUCCAACAGAAAAAUUACGAUUGGAUGAUCAAAAGCAUGCCAAAGGUCACAUCAGAUUAAAGGCAAGUAUCACGCUACCAGAUAGUGUGCGUUUUGAAAAUGGCAGGGCCUGUGAUGAUAAAGAAGAAAGCCAGAAAUGUGUCAGAUGGCAUGCAUUAAAAAUUUACAUUAAAGAGUGGGGCAGACAGCAUCCAUGCCUUAACCAAGCUACCAUGGGACUUAGUGCUUGGGGUGUUCGUGCUAGGAGGGGUAGCUGGGCUAUUUGA